UUUCAUAGCCCAGCUCAGCCAACAACAUGAGUGGUGAGGCAGAAAACUGCUCUAACAGAGCCAGAGUACAGAUGAACCUCGGUGGGCAGCUCUUUCAGCAGAUGUCAGACAGCUCGUACCCUGGGGACAGGACUGGGAGUACCAGGUCCAGCAAAUUGGAUUCAGCCUUUCUUCUUCACGGUGGCCAUGCUUGAAGGCUGAUGAGGCAGAGGCCAACAAAGAAGCUUGCCUGAGGAAACCUACUUCAUUGAGAGGUUCUCAUCCUGAACAUGAAUAUGUUGGUCCACUUCUGGCUUCUCUGUGGCCUGAGCGCUGUUGUGACCCCUCAGGAUGUCACACAACAAGCCCAAAAGUUUUUAGAAGAGUUUAACAGGAGGGCAGAAGAUAUCAGCUAUGAGAACUCCAUUGCCUCAUGGAACUACAACACCAACAUCACUGAGGAGAAUGCCAAUAAAAUGAGCGAGGCGGGCGGCAGGUGGUCCGUGUUUUACGAGGAGGCCUCCAGGAAUGCCAGCAAAUUCCCAGCAGACAGCAUCACGGAUGACCUCACCAAGCUCCAGAUCCAGAUUCUCCAGGAAAGAGGAUCAUCUGUGCUGUCAGCAGAAAAGUAUAACAGACUGAGCACUGUGCUAAAUACAAUGAGUACCAUCUACAGCACUGGGACCGUCUGUAAAAUCAGCAAUCCAUCGGAGUGCUUGGUGCUGGAGCCAGGUCUGGAUGCUAUUAUGGCUGACAGCACUGAUUAUAAUGAGAGACUGUGGGCCUGGGAAGGCUGGAGAGCUGAUGUUGGCAGAAUGAUGAGACCAUUAUAUGAAGAGUAUGUUGAACUUGAAAAUGAGGUUGCAAGGCUUAAUGGUUAUUCUGACUAUGGAGACUACUGGAGAGCAAAUUAUGAAGCAAAGUCUCCAGAAAAUUACAAAUACAGCCGUGACCAGCUGAUUGAAGAUGUGGAGAAGACAUUUGAGCAGAUAAAACCUCUGUAUGAGCAGCUGCAUGCCUAUGUGAGACACAAGCUGGGGCAAGUGUAUGGCCCCCAGCUCAUCAGCUCCACAGGAGGACUCCCUGCUCACUUGCUGGGUGAUAUGUGGGGUAGAUUCUGGACAAGUCUGUAUGCCUUGGCUGCUCCCUAUCCAGCCAAACCAAACAUUGAUGUAACUUCUGCAAUGGUUGAAAAGAAAUGGGAUGCAAUUAAAAUAUUCAAAUCUGCUGAGGCCUUCUUUGCUUCCAUUGGCCUUUUUAACAUGACUGAGGGCUUCUGGAAUAACUCCAUGCUCACAGAGCCGACCGACGGCAGGAAGGUUGUCUGCCAUCCUACAGCAUGGGACCUGGGCAAAAAUGAUUACAGGAUCAAGAUGUGCACCAAGGUGAGCAUGGAUGACUUCCUGACGGCGCACCACGAGAUGGGGCACAUUGAGUACGACAUGGCCUACGCGGGGCAGCCCUACCUGCUGAGGAGCGGCGCCAACGAGGGCUUCCACGAAGCUGUCGGUGAAAUUAUGUCCCUCUCUGCAGCCACGCCUCAGCACUUGAAAUCUCUUGGUCUCCUAGAGCCAACAUUCCAGGAUGAUGAAGAAACUGAAAUCAACUUUCUGCUUAAACAAGCACUAACCAUUGUUGGAACAAUGCCUUUUACUUACAUGCUGGAGAAGUGGAGGUGGAUGGUGUUUAGGGGCGAGAUUACAAAGCAGGAAUGGACCAAACGAUGGUGGGAGAUGAAGAGAGCCAUAGUUGGUGUUGUGGAGCCAGUCCCUCAUGAUGAGACCUACUGCGACCCUGCCGCGCUGUUUCACGUGGCCAAUGAUUACUCCUUCAUAAGGUAUUACACCCGCACCAUCUAUCAGUUCCAGUUCCAGGAGGCACUUUGUAAGGCAGCCAACCAUACUGGGCCUCUUCACAAAUGUGACAUUACCAACUCCACUGAAGCUGGGCAGAAACUCAGACAAUUGCUGGAAUUAGGGAGAUCCAAGCCCUGGACUCAAGCACUGGAAAGUGCAACAGGAGAGAAAUAUAUGAAUGCAGCUCCCUUGCUCCACUACUUUGAACCUUUAUAUGAGUGGCUGAAGAAAAACAAUUCUGGCAGAUUCGUUGGCUGGAAAACAGACUGGACACCAUAUUCUAGCAAUGCCAUCAAAGUGCGCAUCAGCCUGAAGUCAGCUCUGGGGGACCAGGCGUACGAAUGGGAUGAAAACGAGCUCUUCUUGUUCAAGUCAUCUGUUGCCUAUGCCAUGAGGAAAUACUUUGCAGAGGUGAAGAAACAGAAAGCUGCCUUCGAUAUUACAGACAUUCAUGUUGGGGAAGAGACGCGAAGGAUCUCCUUCUACAUUGCUGUCAGCAUGCCAGGUAAUAUCAGUGAUAUUGUGCCCAAAGCUGACGUGGAAAACGCCAUCAGGAUGUCUCGAGGACGAAUGAAUGACGCUUUCAGACUCGAUGAUAGUACGCUGGAGUUUGUGGGAAUACUUCCAACCCUGGCUGCCCCUUAUGAACCACCAGUAACCAUCUGGUUAAUUGUGUUUGGGGUGGUCAUUAGUCUGAUUGUCAUUGGAGUUAUUGCCUUGAUCAUCAUUGGGCAGAGAGAUCGCAAAAAGAGAGCAAGAGAAAGCAGAGGUGAAGCAGGAUCAAAUCAUGGGGAGGUGAACCCUUAUGGUGAAGAGGGAAGAAGCAACCUGGGCUUUGAGACAGCUGAAGAGACACAAACAUCAUUUUAAAAGGUGUGGGUAUGCUAAGGGCUUCUGGUUUUUUUUGGUUUUUUUUAAAUUUCUCUUUUAACAAUAGUGCCUAGCAAAGGAGCAAAACACUAUGGAUGUCAUCAAACAAUGUCUUCUGGUUGACCAUUAAUCCACUGGUUCAUGGCCAAUAGCAACUAAAUCUGCUGUUUAUGUGGUAACCAGAAAACAUGCAUGGCUUUUCAUUUUCUAUGAAUUAUGUGCAUAACAUUACACACCAUUUGUGCUGCUUUCAUGUGUGUGCUGCAUCCAACUUCUGUUUCCUGUGUAAUGAGAUACAAAAUCUCAUUGAAACCAAGACACACAAAACAAUAACUCAUAUACUCCUGAAGAACAUCUUGAUCUUUCCAGAUGGAGACCUCAAAAGUGUUUCUAAAGACAGUGAUGGAAAAACCCUUGACUAUCAGAAGAACCUUAGUGAUAAAAACUCAGUUUGAUAUAACUGCAAUUUUUGCACCUUCAAGAAAUCUGUAUCAAUGUAAAAUGGAUACUGGAUGAAGACUAACAAGCACUGGAAGUUUAUUAGAAAAUUAUAACAUAAGUUAUUUUUCUAACUGUUUGCUUGAUAAGUAUUAUAGAGACAAAAUAGCCCAUACUCCCUCAAAAAGAAAAAAAUCCCUUUUAUGUUGACAUUAAAAAUGGAAACUUCCUUAAUACUAAAUUAUCAAAGUGGUUUUGAUUAUUUUUCCCUAUACUUUGGCCAUUGCCUCCACUAUUACAAAUGCUGCCUAUAACAAAUACAGUUGUGCUAUUGCAUACAAGGGGCUGUAGAUUGAGGCUUGGGAACUUCUGGUUUUGGUUUGAAGAUCAAAAUCCUUUCACAUGGAGGAUAGACCAGGUUACCUGUUCUGUACUCUGGGAGAGGCUGUGGGAUCUCCACCUUUAGAAGUGUUCAGAGAUCAGGUAGAUGAAGAUAUGGAUGAUGGAGCUGUGGAGAUAAUCCCUCUCUGACUGAGAAGUUUGGCUGGAUGACCUCCAGAGGACCCUUUCGGCCAGAUUUUCUGUGAUUCUGAGUCUUUCAGAUCCCCCACUGUAGCUGCAAACAUGCCAGUGUGUUUUUUCUGUACACACACAGUCCCUGAAAACCACAAGGUUUUCUGAUACUCAGUCCUGGAUUGCCAAAGAGCCAAUAAGAAACAUGAUCCUACAUGAAAGAUGCUCAAAAAAUGCACGGACUCUUAAAAUCAAGGGCCUCCAAAAUGACCACGAUCGGUAGAAAGCAGCCAAACAUAUAUCUGAAAAGUACAUCUGGGCCCUACAGGUUCACAAAACACUGUUGUAAUGCUGCACAUUCAUUUCCUAUUUAAGAAAGAAGACCCUCUAAUGAAGCAGUUCAAAAUGGUAAGCAGAUGAUACCAAUUAACAGCAAGCUAGACACUAAUGCAAAGGAAUGAAAAUACUUUUUUAAGUUGCUUAUCUAUACCACAUAUUCCAUUGCCAUAACAGCCCCAAACCUUAGUACUUGAGCUGAAAUUUAGGACAAUAAAUCAACUAUUUGUGGUCCUCCUACUUACUUUGCAGUAACACAAAAAAGAAAUGACAGUUCUGGAGACAAUCAAAUAAAGUAAUUAGUCAUGCUUGUCCUCCCCAGAUCUGUUGUUAAAAGUAACUUUUUCAUAAUGACAAAGCUUUGAUUCCAAUACAAGUAAUUUUAAAAGCUGUGCUCUGUAUGAAAAAACACCAUUCAGAAUUGUCAAAGCCACUACAAGAAUAUAGCAAGGUGUUGGAAGAGCAUAAAAAAAAAGACAAUGUUUAUACGAAAAAAAUCACCUGCAUGCAUUAGGCCACACUUUCUGUGCUGGAGGAGCCCUCCCUCUCCUGCUUUCUCAGUGUCAGCACUCCUUCCUGACCCAUUCUCUGAGUCACACUCCUGGCCCAGGCUGGUCCAUGGGCAGCAUCACACCAAGCCCUACCCCUCCCUCCCAUGCAGCCUCCAUGGUCCCCAGGCCUGCACAUGUCCCCAGGGAUGCAUUUCCAUGACCCCAAAUGCAGCUGUUCCUCAGACACAUCUGUGACAAGGAUGUGCUCUCUGAGCCAGCUCCCAGGGCUGGCACCAAGCAGUGCAGGCAAGCACAGGCGUGGGAGUCUGCCUGGCCAGAGACCUUCAUUUCUCUUUCCUCUUUCCCCACGUGGCUGCACCCUGCAUUUCUUGUUCCUUAGGUUCUGGUGAGCUCAAACCAGAGCUGCAGAGAGGUCUCUGCUAGGGCUGGGCCAGCUCCAUCAGGGAAGGGGCAAGCAGACAUCUCUUGGACUCUUACCAGC